UAAAAAUCAAUAACUAUAGCCAAGUGAUAUGAAGGCCGAACAUUCUGUGAUACACAGUGAAGGUACAAGUCUCUAUUUUCAUGUUAUUGUUUGAUGGAAUGUAUUUUCCAUAACUCGGACUCCAAUUAUUCAGGUCAGAGUUCAUAAUAAACCGAACAAGAUUGUCUCUUCUGCAAAGUUUCGGAUUGUGACUCAAUAGAAGACCGGGAAUUUCUCUAACAAUGUGUGAAGCGGGAUCGUGUCGUCGCUGCUGGUCAAGGGUGCCCAUCGCCAGCCUCAUCUCUUUCAUCAUCUACGUCUUCGUCCUCAGCAUCUAUAUCGGAUGUAUUAUCAGCGUCUUCGAGGGCUUCAUUAGCAAAUAUUUCGUCUUUGUCUCAUUAACUGGUAUCCUGGUGCCCGUAUACCUUGUUCUCCUGGGUGUCGGGGUCUUCUUCCUCAUCGCUAUGAUUCUAUCCACGGGGGAGACACGCAAACAGCUCUGUAAGGCCGCAUGCUGUAACUGGACAGGGAGGGUCUUUCAGCUUUUUAAUAUCAUAAUCGUGACAGCGCUAGUGGUAGUAUUCGUGAUCGUGAGUGGAGUCAGCAUCCUUCCUAACAUCCUCUUCGUCGCCAUUGUCGCCCUGUGUAAGGUCGGACUCGCCGCCCAGAUAAAAUCAUGCGAUAUCUUUAGUGAAAUCGGGCUUGAGCCACGAGACAUCAAGCUGUGUGAUGGUAGUGGAACCAAUAUGGAUGAAUUCUGCACCGACAGUAAAAUGUACCUUGGUCGGACAGUGGUAGCUUAUGUGGUCUCCAUCAUUAUAUCACUGUGUCUGGUCCAUUUUCUCGUGUGUAUGACGUCCAACUACGUCAGACUCAAGUACGAGACGAAAACCCAGGCAGCACCAACAGAGCUCCAGGAAUUAAAACAGGCAAAACAAGAACUAGAGGAGAGCCGCGAAGCUCAUGUGAACGAGGUGAAGGUCGAGGAGGUGAAGCCAGGAAAUCCAUUCGACUGAUGGGGAGGGAAGUAUUCGAUGGCCUUGAUUGUAGACUGAGAGAAUAUGUUACACAAGUGUCCUCUCCGAUUAGCUUGUGGUAUACAUUCGAAAAAGCUGGAUCGCUGGCCUGCUGAAUUUACUGAAUUGAGACUCAUGGAUCACCACCACCACCACCACCACCACAAUCCAGGCGGUGGGGAUCCAUGAGUCACAAUCCAGUGAAUCCAGCCGUCCAGUGAUCCAACUUUUCGAAGAUACCCAACGUUAGCCUAGGAACAAUAAGUAACUUUUAACGGUUUUUACCGGUGUUAACUUACUGUUUUCCCCAUUUUUAGCAGUAGUCUAACCACUGUAACGUAUGCCGAAAUUAGCCGCAAACAAAUCGACAGAGUUCUGGGAAGUUUUUCUCUUUGCUGACGAAUACGGAGAUGUCAUUCAGACACAAGACUGGUUAUUCAUUAGUUUAUUGAC